AGCACUCGCAGGUCAGUCGGGACCGAGCCAGGAUUCAUCCCAGCUGCCACCUCCGAGACGCGUUGUGGACUUUGAGCAACUUUAUUCCGACUUGUUCCAGAGUUUGCUGGCAGCGCCGGGACUGGACCUCCGGCACCAGCAGUCCGCGCCGCGCCGCGCCGGUUCUCUUUUCCCCGCGCCGCGAGCUCCGCUGGUUCGCGCUGACAGAUGUUAGCGGUCGGGCAGAUGGAGGCGAACCGGCAGAGCGCUUUCGUCCUGGGCAGCACGCCGCUGGCGGCGCUGCACAACAUGACCGAGAUGAAGACGUCGCUGUUCCCGUACGCGCUGCCGCAGAGCCCGGCUGGCUUCAAGGCUCCGUCGCUGUCCAGCCUCAACUCCCAGAUCUCCGGCGCCACCCCGCACGGGAUAAGCGACAUCCUGGGCAGACCCAUCACCACCGCGGGCCAGCUUCUCUCCGGCUUCCCCAGGAUUAACGGGCUGGCCGCCACCACCGCGGCCGCCGCCGCCGCCGCCGCCGCGGGGAUGUACUUCAGCCCGGCGGUGUCGCGGUACCCGAAGCCGCUGGCCGAGCUCCCCGGGAGGGCGCCGAUCUUCUGGCCCGGGGUGAUGCAAGGCUCCCCGUGGAGGGACCCGAGAGUACCGUGCCCCUCUCAAGCCAACCUCAUGGUGGACAAGGACGGGAAGAAGAAACACUCCAGACCGACCUUCUCAGGGCAGCAGAUCUUCGCCCUGGAGAAAACUUUCGAGCAGACCAAGUACCUGGCGGGACCAGAGAGAGCGCGGCUGGCCUACUCUCUCGGGAUGACCGAGAGCCAAGUCAAGGUCUGGUUCCAGAACCGCCGGACCAAGUGGCGGAAGCGGCACGCGGCGGAAAUGGCCUCCGCCAAGAAGAAGCACGACUCGGAGACGGAGAAGAUGAAGGAGAGCUCGGACAACGAGGAGGACGACGAGUACAACAAGCCCCUGGACCCGAACUCGGACGACGAGAAGAUCACGAGACUGUUGAAGAAGCACAAGAGCACGAGCUUGGCGCUGGUCAGCCCCUGCAGCAACAGCUCGGACACCUUGUGACCAGCCCAGGAACUGUAUCCCCAACAACAGAGGAAGACUCUUUCUCCCGAGGAGUUCUAAAUGUAUAUUCUCACACAGACUGGAUCGGUGGAGGCCAUUUACGCAAUCGCAAAAGGCGUGACGUCAUGAAUGUCCAGGCAGCUUCACGUUCAUUUCUCCCAGAAUAACGCGCAUGUUUUAAACCUCCGGGUGUGAGAGGCUUCCGAAGAACCAGGGUCACGUGUACAUAUAGAUUUUCUACUGAAUAAGUUAUGUGCUUCUCCUCACCUGCUGCUUCUGGCGCCCGCGCGCGCUGUACAUAAAUACUGUGUAUAAAUAAUAACUGUGUUUGCGGACGGAAACAAACCGGAGCAUCUUUUCUGUUGCUUUUGCAGAGAGUCAGAGGAGAUUUGUAUUAUGAAUAAAUUAUUUAACAAGCCUUAUUUUUGUGUUACGAUGGGUUUUAAUGAAUGUAAUUUAAUUAAAGAUAAA